ACAGUUAAUCUUCCGGUGUAAACAACCCUCUUGGAGCAAAACAAAAUUGCAAGAUCUGUGGAAUCAUAAUUUGAUAUUCUUGUUUAACCUGUGGAAAAAAUCAACCUAAUUUUGCAUGGCUACAACCAGGAGAACAGUUGUACAGGAUGAACUACAUACAUUCCUAGUGAUGCAUGGCUUAGACUACAGCAUGCUGGAUAUUGAUGAUGUGGUACUGGACUAUGUGAUAACCAUUUUGGAGGAACUUGGGAGUGGGGAGGAUGCUGAGGAGAACAUAGAUGUGGACCAGUUUAUAGAGAUGAUGGACGCCUAUGUCCCUGGGUUUGGAGAAAUCACAAGUCUGGAUAUUUGUGAAUGGAUGUUUCAACUUGCCUCCAAUCUUUCUGGAAAACAAACAGACAAUGUGUUGACCAGACAGAGACAGACCUCCCUCAGCGAUGACCUCCUCGAAGCCAUAUCUGUGUCAACCAGUGACUUUCAGAAUGCAAACUGUGUACAGGAAAACAACAGAGAGGAAAAGGCAGAGAAGGAGUGUGAUGAAAUCAAAAUGUUAAAGGAAAUGUUUCCAGCAGCUUGCACGAUGGAGGUGACUCACUGCCUUGGACUUGCCAGUGGAGACAUGGAAAAUGCCAUACAGCUGAUUUUGGACAGACAGGAGACUGAGGAGAGUAUCACAGAGGUGGCUGAAAAGAUGAGGAAGAAGACAAAAGUAUCAGUACUUGAUGAUAAGGAUCUCAAAAAGACUCUGAUAGCCAGGUACUCCUAUGUUGACGCUGAUGAGCACAAGAAAACCUUCAACCCUCUUGCACCAAAAACUGAAUCAAAGAAGAUGGUACGAUACCUAGAGAACAAAAUUGUUACGACUAAAGGUGAAAAAUUCACUGAAGUCAAGAAGGAUGAAGAUGAAGAUAUGAAGAAAACUUAUGUGAAUCUCAAACCGGCUAGAAAGUAUCGAUUCCAUUAGUCCAACAGUGCUAGGUAUGCACCAGACAACUUUGUGUUCACCAAUGUAGACUAGCUAUAUAAAAUACCAGUGAGGAACAGAACCAGGCUGCUGGGUGAUAAUGUACCUACUAUACUCUACCUGAUUAUUGUACCUCAUCCUAAACAAAAUAUAAAGUGGGCUUCUUCGCCAACUAGAAAUCACUCAAAUUGGGUAAAAGAUUUGUUUUUGCAAAUUUUGUGAUGAUAGUAGAUUAGAACUCAAGUUUGUUGUUAAAUUUUUUACAGACACAUAACAGGAAACCAAUUUCUGAUCGUCUUAAAAUAGUUUUUAAUGAAAAUUCAAUAAUUAUGAAGGAAAAUUUAGUGAUAUAUAGUGAACAUGUUUUCAGUUUAUAUCAUAUGUUCCAAGAGUGUUUAAACAUGUGUUCUUAGUAUCAAAUGUAUACUGAAAAUAUUAUUAUCUCACUUGUAUGUAAAAAUGUAACGCAUAUCUCA